UUCCCUAGACUCCGUUGGAUCUAUAUUUUUACUUCAUUUAUUCUGCAAGACAAUAUUCAGUUUUUCAAAAGCGGUACGUAAAUUGUUAUUUUAAGAAAUUUUUAAAUAUUUAUAAGAAAUAGAGAGAAGAAAGAUAUUUUUCGUAAUUGAAUAUAUCGCGGCUACGUCAUUGUGUCAAAAAUUGAUUUGACAUUGAGUGUUCUGAAGAGUCAUUGCGGCAAAUUACUGUAGGUUAUGUCAUCGUACGAAAGAUAGUUGAAAAACUGAGAAUUUUGUAAUGAAGAAUCAAGAAGAGGAAGUGGACCUAUAUCGGGACACAUAUGUCAGAUAUUUAGGUUAUGCAAAUGAAGUUGGGGAAGCGUUUAGAAGCUUGGUACCAAAAUCUGUUGUAUGGUUCAGUUAUGUAGUAUCAAGUGGAUAUGUACUUGCAGAUACUAUUCACAAGGGUACAAAUGUCUACAAGGUUGAUACCAGUCCACAAAAGAUUAAAAAUGUUCUGUUGUCUACAUCGGACACUUUGAUAUGGCAGGCUUUUGCAUCAGUGAUAGUGCCUGGUUUUACCAUAAAUCGAAUUUGUGCAGCGGUUCAGUUUGCACAGAGAAGAAGUACAACUAUGGUAUUAAGGAAACCUUGGAUCCCAACGAUUGUUGGCUUGGUGUCCAUACCUUUUAUAAUACAUCCCAUAGACCAUGCUGUGGAAAGGACUAUGGAUGUUACAUAUAGAAAGUGUACAGGAUACCAUCCAAAAGCGCCACUGUGUGGAAUAAAACACGAAUAAUGAAGCAUAGUUCAUUAGGAUAGGAUAUAUAGUGUGUCAUUAACCUGAGAGAGGUCAUAUUCAAAUCUAAGUAAAAUAUGUUCAGAUACAUGAAAGAAUGUACCUCACCUUUGACAUAAAAUAAUUGAAAGGCCUUAUUAUAAUACACAAUAUAUAAUAAUACAAAACAAUAUUAUAUUUUCUAAUCGAAUUCUAUUUUAUGGAAGGACAGAUGAGAAAUAAUUACAUUUGUCUGAAAGCCUUAUCAAAUCUGUCGAUCUUUUUAUACAACUCUGAAUAAUAUAAAAAAUACAAGAUAACAGUAUAUAAAAUAAACCGCCUAUUUAAAGAAAAAGCUUUACCAAUAUUAAAAUGCACCAAUUAAUAACAUAAAGUUGGUCUGAACCUUUGUGACCUCUCCUGGUUUAGACACAGUAAAAAGUAUUACUGCCUAUAUAUUUUAAGAUAGUAUAAUAGGCUACUGAAUUAGAAUACAUUGUUAAUUACAAAAAUGUUAAAUAUUUUUGUUAUAAUGUACAUUUUGUAUGUACAUUACAAUUUUAAGCGCUGUCUCGAGCGUACUGGAGUUUGGUGCCACUAUUGUUACACUUGUUGAAUAAAAUUAUUGGUUUUACAUUCCA